AUGGCACAAUCCCCAGUGGGUAAUAAUGCAUACAUACCAUUCAAUGAUGAAUUGAUGGAUGAACAAAGACAAGAAAUUUACGAAGCAUUUUCAUUAUUUGACAUGAACAAUGACGGGCUAUUAGAUUAUCAUGAAUUGAAGGUAGCUAUGAGAGCAUUAGGGUUUGAUUUACCCAAGGCAAGGAUCCUAGAGAUAAUUGAUGAGUAUGAUGUCGAUGGGAGACGUUUGAUAAAAUAUGAAGAUUUUUACAGAGUUGUAGGUGAGAUGAUCUUGAAAAGAGAUCCGUUAGACGAGAUCAAGCGUGCUUUCAAAUUAUUCGAUGAUGAUGGGACGGGGAAGAUUACGUUGAAGAAUCUAAGGCGUGUUGCUAAGGAACUAGGAGAGAAUCUAUCAGAGGUAGAGAUGAGCGCCAUGAUUGAAGAGUUUGAUCUCGAUGGUGAUGGAGAGAUCAAUGAGCAAGAAUUCAUAGCCAUGUGUACAGAUAGUUAG